AUGGGCCUUCGUGGCAGUGGCGGCCUUCGCCGCCGGCACAGCGUCGGCGCAGGACUCCGAGCUGGCUCAGGCACCGGCGCCGUCGAAGGACGCUGGAUCCGUGCACUCGUUCCCUGAGCUCGGCUUGUCAACCUUUUGACGAGCCGGGCCCGAGUCGGGGGUUAAGAAUAAAAAGGGGAAACUGGAGGGCGUUAUAUACGUGGCAGCUUCUGGUUGACCUCGGUGGACCGAGGAAUUCGGAUACCCGGCUUAUUAAUCGUCUGUCGCUCGCGUUUGCCGUCGAUUCGCUGAUCUCUCUCCGCUUCGGAAGCUUUUGAUCUGACCAACAAUGGCUGAGAUUGAACUGAAGACUGCACCAGCUGAUUUUCGAUUUCCUACAACAAACCAAACCCGACACUGUUUCACACGAUACAUUGAAUUUCACAGAUGUUUGGCAGUAAAGGGAGAAGAAGCCAGUGAAUGUGACAAAUUUGCCAAAUAUUAUCGGUCUCUUUGCCCUGGUGAAUGGGUUGAAAGGUGGAAUGAGGAGAGAGAGAACGGGACUUUCCCGGGGCCUCUCUAAUUGAACAUCUUUAUUUGGGAUGAUCUCUCUUUGGAAUGGGUUUGCCGAACAGCUUUGUCGUUUCUUUCUUUGGAGCUAUGUGUUUGGUUUUUCCUUGAAGCUUAAUGGAAUAACAAGUCUCCCGGCACUCAAUUGUGAAUGUUGGCAUUCUGGAUUAUUGUUUCUAUGCAAGUUAUUCAGAAGAGCCUCAGACGGGCUCUGGAUCUGUUCUUCAAUUUCCAAUAUUUUGUUUCUAGGUCUUCUCUCAUUGCUUUACUGCUUCUUGGGACUUUGUACUUGUUCUGAUAAAACAUGACAAUAUAUAAAUAAAAAUUCCAUACAAAUAUAUCAUUGUGUAACAA